AUGAGGAUAUGUGAGAAAAUUUUGCGAUCUUUGGAUCUAAAAUUUGACGACAUAGCCAUCACACUGGAAGAAAUGAAAGACCUGAAUACCAUGUUUGUAGAAGAGCUCGUAGGAUCUUUGCAAGCUCACGAGCAAAAGGUAAACAUAAGAAGUGAAGGAGACACGAGCAAGGGGGGACGUCACAUCGGGGAUAAGCGCAAGGUCAAGGAUCUCGCGGAAGAGGAUCUAGAUAUACUGAAUCCAGAGGAGGAGGCCAAGGCGGACAAUGAGGACAUAGACAACAGAACAACGUCCCAUAAGGAAGAGGACACUAAAGAAGUGGUGGCGGUUACAACAACCAUAAGAAUAUUGAUAAAAGAAACAUUGAGUGUUAUACUUGCCAUAAGUUUGGACCAAAGUGUUUGGUAUCUUGAUUCUGCAACUAGCAACUAUAUGACUAGUAAAAAAAACCUAUUCAUUGAACUUGAUGAGAAAGUUCAGAAGGAGAUCUCUUUUGGCGAUUUCUCUAAAGUCCCAGUCCGAGGGAGAGGAGAUGUUUUGAUCAAGCGGAACACCGGAGAUCAUGCUUUCAUCUCCAACGUUUAUUAUGUACCAGACAUGGAAACCAACAUCUUGAAUCUCAGACAACUUGUAGAUAAACACUACCAAAUUAGCCUUAGAGAUAAGCAGACGGUGAUAUCAGACGCUCGAGUGAAUAGCACAAGAGAGAUAUGGAAAGCUAGGACCACAGGCAAGCAUGUGAAGGUGGUGGAAGAAGGUAACAAGAAGUUAAACGCUACAGGAGGCACAAAUACUGCAGUGAGUACAGAAACAAACAUGACCAAUGAUUCCUCCUCCAUACAAGGGGAGGGUGAAGCUGGAAAAAUUAAGGAAAAAGGAAAAGAUCCCCUUGUUGAGAAGGAGAGGGGUAGUAAUCAAGGAGAUGGUGGCCAAUCUGGAAAGGAGAAGGAUAAGGAAAUGAAGCAGGGGGGUGGUUUUAAACAACCUAAGAGCAAGAAAAAUAAUAAGGGUCUCAGCCUCCUUGAGGAUGGAAUAACAUGUUUGAGUUGA